ACGCACAGGGAAAGUUUCCCCGGGGGCCCAGGCCGCGGAUUCGGUGCGGGCGGGCGCGCAGAGGAAGGAAGAGCGGCGAGGAGGCGGAGCCCGCGAGACGCGCGGGCGGGCGCUCUGCGCAACUUUUUAGUUUGGGCGUCUGGGGCCGAAGUUUCUGUCUCAGUCGGGACGCCGCCGCGGUCGGGGCGAAGAAAGGGAGGAAGGAAGGAGCUCGGGGAGGGCAGGGAAGGCUCGGCGGCCUCGGGCACGGAGUGCAGGGCGAUGCGGGCGCGCGACGCAGCCCCCCGAGCCUGAGCGCAGCGCCCCAGCGUCGAGCGAGGCCGCAGCCAUGGAGCCCGCGCAGCAGCCGCCGCCCCAGCCAGCCCCGCAAGGCCCCGCGCCGUCGUCGGCGCCCGGGCCUCCGGCGGGGACCCCCACGGCCCCGCCCGCGCCCCCGGCCGGCCAUCAGGUCGUGCACGUCCGCGGAGACUCGGAGACCGACCUGGAGGCGCUCUUCAACGCCGUCAUGAACCCCAAGACGGCCAACGUGCCUCAGACCGUGCCCAUGCGGCUGCGCAAGCUGCCCGACUCCUUCUUCAAGCCACCCGAGCCCAAGUCCCACUCGCGACAGGCCAGCACCGAUGCAGGCACUGCAGGAGCUCUGACCCCACAGCACGUGCGAGCUCACUCCUCUCCAGCAUCCCUGCAGCUGGGAGCUGUUUCUCCUGGGACACUCACACCCACUGUGGUCCCUGGCCCAGCCGCCACCCCUGCAGCACAACAUCUCCGACAGUCUUCCUUUGAGAUUCCUGAUGAUGUACCGCUGCCAGCAGGCUGGGAGAUGGCCAAGACAUCUUCUGGUCAGAGAUACUUCUUAAAUCACAUCGAUCAGACGACAACAUGGCAGGACCCCCGGAAGGCCAUGCUCUCGCAACUGAACGUCCCUGCGCCUGCCAGCCCAGCCGUGCCCCAGACCCUGAUGAACUCCACCUCAGGACCUCUUCCCGAUGGAUGGGAGCAAGCCAUGACUCAGGAUGGAGACGUUUACUACAUAAACCAUAAGAACAAGACCACGUCCUGGCUGGACCCAAGGCUUGACCCUCGUUUUGCCAUGAACCAGAGAAUCACUCAGAGUGCUCCAGUGAAGCAGCCACCACCCUUGGCUCCCCAGAGCCCACAGGGAGGCGUCCUGGGUGGGGGCAACUCCAACCAGCAGCAGCAGAUGCAGCUGCAGCAGCUGCAGAUGGAGAAGGAGAGACUGCGGUUGAAGCAGCAAGAAUUACUGCGGCAGGUGAGGCCACAGGCAAUACGGAAUAUCAAUCCCAGCACAGCAAAUGCUCCAAAAUGUCAGGAAUUAGCUCUCCGAAGCCAGUUGCCCACACUGGAGCAGGAUGGAGGAACUCAGAAUGCCGUGUCUUCUCCUGGGAUGUCUCAGGAAUUGAGAACAAUGACAACCAAUAGUUCAGAUCCCUUCCUUAACAGUGGCACCUAUCACUCUAGAGAUGAGAGCACGGACAGUGGCCUCAGCAUGAGCAGCUACAGUGUCCCUCGGACCCCAGAUGACUUCCUGAACAGUGUUGAUGAAAUGGAUACAGGUGACACUAUCAACCAAAGCACCCUGCCUUCACAGCAGAGUCGUUUCCCAGACUACCUUGAAGCCAUCCCUGGGACAAAUGUGGACCUUGGAACACUGGAAGGAGACGCGAUGAACAUAGAAGGGGAGGAGCUGAUGCCCAGCCUGCAGGAAGCACUGAGUUCCGACAUCCUCAAUGACAUGGAGUCUGUGUUGGCCGCCACCAAGCUAGACAAAGAAAGCUUUCUUACAUGGUUAUAGAGCCUCCCAGUCUGUGAAGGGUCCACGGAGCCGAAGAUGUGCAUCCCUGAAAUUCAGAUAAGCCAGUGGGCAAGUCUCUGGCUGAUACAGGAAACAGAUGAACAGAUGCCCAGCAGGGAUCUUCAUCCGCUGUUCUGCUUUCCUCCGCCCAUCGCUGCUGUUCAUGUUGCUGACCUCUUCACAGCCGACCCUAAAGAGUCAAAACCACAAAACAGCAAACCCUUUGGUUUCUCUUGCUAUGGUAACUACUGUUCUUCGGGGUUGCUGGCGAAUACCCUGUUUGGAUGAUGGAUGGUCUUCCUUUUGGCCAGUGGUGUCUUCACCCAUCAUUUCAACUGGACAUUCGGACUGGGAACUCAAAUGCUUCAUGUCAGAGUGUUUGUUCAAGAGCUGGUUUCUUCAGUUGCCUUUGGCCCUCUGGUCCAACAAGCCAAAAAGCACGGCAUCCUAUGUACAAAAGUACUCAGUGCUGAUCAGGAGGGCUCGAAGACUGCUGGGCUUUUUGUUUCUUCUGGUGACACCAUUAGUCACGUGGUGACCUGGAUUUUAUUUUAGAAGCUUAUAAGGCAUGAGACAGUUUCCAUAGACAUAUAUUAAUUAUUGCCACAUACUCUAGGCUAGGUUUGAGUGGUUUUUUUUGUGGGUGCUGGUUGGUUUUUCUUUUUCUUUCUUUUUUUUUUAGGUGAUUGGUUUUGUUGAAAUGUAGGCAAAUUAGUGAAGUUGUUUAUAGGUGUAGCUUGGGGUGGGCGAUAUUGUUCUUUUGUGGGGGAAAUCUGUAUUUCCUGGCUUUUUACCAUUCUGUUUAAAUCUUGGCUAUCUCCUUUACAUAUGUACACACACUUAUAAUGUCUGUGGUAGUGUGAUAGCAGAAUGUAUCUAAGGUUACCCUCCUCAGUUUAUUUUUUAAAUGGUAGCCUUGAACAUAAGCAUUUAGAAUACAUGACUAGUAGUUUAUGUUUCACAAAUAGUUUAAAUUCUGGUUGGGGCAACCUGCAGGUGUUUGAGGUAGGGCAGUGUUCUAGAAAGGGCUCUUGUUGUGGGUGAAGCCUAGAGGCGCUCUCUUGCCCUCUAUACACUUUGGUGACUUGGACAGAAGCAAACAAGUGGCCUCACUCCCCCUUGGACCGAUUCAUGUUGGGCAGUCACUGAGCAGGAGUGAGCUUUAGAGGCGGGCCUUCCUUUUGCCUUCGCCUCAGUUUGGGAUGCAAGCGUGGGUACUUGAGUUCUCGUUUAUAGUGAACACAAUGAAGACCAGACUAAAUGUUACCUACAGGAUCAUUCUUACAAAACCUGCUCACACUUUCCUGCUGAAUGGACCCUGGGGGAGUGUGUAGAAUGCUGUGAGGUCAUGAGUCGGCUGGUAAAGUGGUCAGACUAGUGAAUGUGUGGGGUAGUUGAACUUAGCAAAGAGCUAAAGAUAGCAUGAUUAUGCCUUUAUUUUUACAAGAAGAGAGAUUGCUAGAGUAUGUGUCUCCAGGAGUAACGAUGGUUUCCAAAGAGUAUUUUUUAAAGGAACAAAUAAGCAUGAAUUAACUCUUCAGUAUAAGCUAUGAAGUAGUAGUUGGUUAUGAGUUGUAGUGGCAUCAGCUAGCACCGCUGUCAUUUAAGGGUUUUUGGAUGCUUUUAGAAGAAUCCCUUAUUUUCAAGGGUUUUUAAUGAACAAAUUCUUUCCCUGGCUAAAGCUGCUAUGAAAAGCCUCAGCUUAGGAAGGUAGAAAUCUAUUGGCCCUUUGUUUUAGUGGGGUGCAGGAAUGGAAGUAGAAAAGUUUUAUUCAGUACUUGGAGUGCUCAAAAAAAAAUGCAAUCAGUGUACUAUAUAUGAUGAUUCAUAGUCAGAAUCCGUGUAUUAUACAUGAUGAUUCCUAGUCAUUUGUAGCCAUCGACUCUAAGGCUUUUACUAAGAAACUAGCUGAAGACUCACCCUUGAAUUAGGUCUGGGGAAACGGCCACCAGGAGGAUGCAUUGACUUUAGAACAGAAAUGGAAUUCUACUCUAAUUCAAAACUGAGCAGCGGGAUGGCAGACAACAGUGUGUGGUGAGUGUGCAGAUGAUAGGGCACUGAUGAGUGCCUACCAUUUGCCAGUAAGCCACAGAGUCAGACCGCACCCUCUGGGCAAACUAGCUUUAGUGUGGGGGAGGGUGGGAAGGUGGGCGUGGGCUGGUGAAGGUAGUGAGGCCGUGAUAGCAAAGCUUUCAUAGCUUCUUUCUCUUCAAUCAAGACUGAGCUCGCAUCUCGCUGUCAGUAAAGAAGUUGUUCCUAAACUUUGAACCGCUUAAGCUCACCCACCAAGUGAGAUGUGCUGUCUUCCCCUCGGGAACGUUUGCCUGUAAUACCUCAGUGUCCAGCAGCCCUCGGUACCUGACAGCUCUGACCUUAUCAAACCCUUGUGCUGACUGCGGGGGACCUGAGCUCCCUUCCCUGAAUCACGGCCUCGAUGCAGUCUUCCUUGUGUCCUCCCUGAUGUAAAAGUGGUUAGUGCUUCCUGGCUGUAGUGGGUAGCAUGCGGAUAAGAAUUUAACUGGUUAUUCUUGAAUUUCUUUUACAAUAAACCAAUUUUUAUAAUCUUAAUUAAAAUGUAUCAGCUUUU